CAGCCUCAGACUGACUUUGAGGACCCUGCUGUCGGGCAGUUCCCGGAUGUGGGAGGUAAGAGCUCCGCCCUUUCCAUGAAACCUUUAGCCGACGAGAGGGAGAGGAGAGUGAGCCGGUGUCCGGGAGCGAUGGUUUUCUACCAGCGACAUGCAAGAAGGAGUGGGAUCCCCAUGUGGUGUUAGUGCCAGUCUGCCAUGCUGGCCUGUCUGCCAGGACCAGGUGACCUCUCUCUUCAGCUUCUUUCUCACCCGCAGAUGAACACUGGACUUCAGAAAUGGGAUACUACACAGAAGAUGAGAUCUGCUCAGCAUCCUACUCCAGCAGAAUUGGAUGCUUAUGCUAAGAAGGUUGCCAACAAUCCCUUGACCAUAAAAAUUUUUCCAAACAGCGUUAAAGUUCCCCAGCGGAAACACAUCCGUCGGACUGUGAACGGACUAGACACGUCGGGCCAGCGGUACAGUCCGUAUCCGUUGCAGGUCAGCACAAAGGCGGGACUGCUGGCUAUUGUUAAGUCCCCAGCUAAAGGUCUUUUAAAGGACUUUGACAGCCCCCGAGCCCGCCUCUUGCCAGAGUCUAUGAUGAAUCCUCCCUCCGCUCCAUACGUUGCACCUAGCACUUUAAACCACCCUCAAGGUCUUGCGCGCCCCCAGCAAGCCCUGCAGCAUGCUCAGGCCCUCCAUCAUGUACAGAGCAUGCAACAGCAGCAACAACAGACAUUGACGCACUCUCAGAGCAUGCCACCAGGUCUGCAGCACCCUUCGACUUUGCAGCACCCUCAGGGUCUACCGCAGGGGCUGCAGCAUUCUCAGGGUCUGCAAAAUACGCAGAGCAUCCCUCAACCACAGACCUUGCAGCACACGCAAAAUGUGCAGCACCCGCAAAGCAUACCACAGACGCUGCACCAUGCACAGGGUCUACCACCAACGCAACGUCCGCAGAAUAUUCCACAGAAUCUGCAGCAUCAACAGACUAUAAACCAGACCUUGCAACACUCUCAGAAUAUGUCUCAAGCGAUGCAGCAUACACAAGGGUUGCAGCGCUCUCAAAAUAUCGGGUCACAACAUUCCCAGAGUAUGCCCCAACAGACGCCCCUACAGCAUGCCACUGGAAUUUCCCAUCAGGCUCUCCCCCACCCUGCCAACAACCUACUGCAGCCAGGUUUACAUGGAGCCAGAAAAAUGCCAGAUGCAGAUGCACCUCCGAAUGUGACCGUGUCUACCUCAACCAUCCCCCUUUCUAUGGCCGCCACUUUACAGCAGAACAGAGCGCCUGACCUAGGUAGCAUUGUGCACCAGAUAAACCAGUUCUGUCAGGCUAGGGCUGGCAUUGGCACAACUUCUGUCUGCGAGGGACAGAUUGCCAACCCCAGUCCUAUCAGUCGUAACCUGCUUAUCAAUGCAAGCACUAGGGUCUCCACUCAUAGCAUUCCCAUGCCUUCUUGUGUCGCAACUUCUGUAGACCAUUCUGCUGCUGCUGCUAUUUCCUCCGCAGCCUCUGGGAAUAUCCCUAUGGUGAACAUGAGCAGAGUGCCCACUUCAUACCCUGCUGAUCUAAAACCCAUGGGCUGGAACCAGCACCAGCUGGCCCAAUUACAACAGAUGUGUGGGGAAACUGGUGUACAACCUGGAAAACCACCCCAGAGAGAAAUGAAUGCCCAGCUGUUUCCUGGCAAGGCUUCAUCUUACCCUCAAGAACUGUGCAUGAACCAGUCUUUUGCUCUGAAACCCCCUAUUGAGAAACCCACCCCAUCUCCUCCUGUGAAUGGAUUGCCAGGCCCUUUGCCAUACACAAAUGGACACUAUUUCCAGCCGCUAUGGAAUAACAUUUUGCCGACCCCAAACAGUGACAGUAUGGGAUCACAAGAUCUUGCCAUGCCUUUUCACGGGGGACAGGCAGCUGGUGGAUCCUUAGAUUGUGCUGGGGGGACUCACUAUAGAGCUAUUGGGAGCGGCUCUUCCAGCCAGAACAACAUGAUGCAGACCAUGGAUUACCUGAGCGGAGGGGACUUCCAGCAGUCCUGCUUCCGAGAUGAGAGUAUGGCCUCUAUUGGAAAGGUUCAGAGACCCCCAAUGAGCCGAGCCCCAGAACCAGCGGAUAGCCGAAACAUUCAUGUUCAGCAUCCAGGCUAUAGAUAGGCUACUGUCACUUUUGCAACUAAGAGGGUUUAGUCUUCAUUUGAAUGAUUAGUAAGGCUCUUUUAUCCUUUUCAAUUGGCAAAAUUGUUGUGAUCAUUAUAUGCUAACUUGGCUAUAAGAUGCUCUCGUUUCUAUUAUAACGUGCUCCAUUCAUAUGAGGUUUUUUUUAUUUAGUUUAAUAAGGGUUGUGUGUUUUUAAUUUAACUUGGUUUUUUUUUUCCCAAACCUUCUCAGUAGCUGAACAGUAUUGUAUUGACUUGCAAUUCUUUACUGGCUCAAAGCACUGAAGGGCUUUAACAUGCUGCUUUGUUUUAAUGUGGGAACACUAAGCCCCCCAAAGUGUUAUAUCUAUAUAUAUUUUUUAUUUUAUUUCUUUUUGCUCUGGAUAUCCUUUAGAAGUUGUAAGAGGUCAGCCUUGUCAGGGAAUUCUGAUACUUAAAGGCCUCAAAAGGUCUUAUGCCAGGGAGCAUCUGUGCCUAUUAGAGCUUCUUUUAUGGUGAGUGUGUGGCUUUUAAGAAUAGACACUGUAUUUAACCAGUUUUAUUGUAACUUACCCCGUUGUACUCUAAAUGCAUUCAGAAACAUUACUGGAUCCACACAAACUGAGGCAAGAAAUAUGAAUAAGUCUGUAUAUUAAGUUCCAGAGUAGAGUUCUGCACGGAACCAAUUUCUAAGACUCAAACCCGCGUCCCGGACCCACAACUGCCUUAUGCACAACCCGCUGACCACCAUCAAACAGGAAGUGAUGGUGCUGCAAACUGGAAGUGAUGUCAUCAAAAAUGGGCGGGCCAGUUUUGUAAAACUUUAAAAGGAGUAAAAUAUAGACUAUAUUACAUAAGAUAAGAAGUUUAGAUGAGACCCGCAACUCACAGACCCUCGGUUAUACCCACACCUGAAAAUCAUCCCCUCGUUUCGCAGGGUGCCCUCUUUUUUGCGGGUAACUGACCCGCUGCAGGAUUCUAUUCCAGAGUCCAAUAACUUAUGCAGCUCAGCCCUCUUUUUAAGCAAUAGUAAUUUUUCUUUGUGAACAAAUUUAAUAUGUAGUUACUUAUCCCCUGAGUUUAUUUUCUCUUUAUAAAAAGAUUCUCUCUUUAUAAAAAAAAAAAAGCUUCUUUUAUGAGCUUGAGGUAAGGGCAACUAGCCAGGAUCUCUUGUGUAAUUUUUUACUACUACCUGCAAGCGCUUGGAGACCUGUCUUUCCAUUCAUGUGAUUAUGAAACCGCUGCUUAUUCGUUCACACAAUUAAAAUAUAGGAAUGCACCGAAUCCAGGAUUCGGCCUUUUUCAGCAGGAUUCGGAUUCGGCCGAAUCCUUCUGCCGAACCGAAUCCUAAUUUGCAUAUGCAAAUUAGGGACGGGGAGGGAAAUCACGUGACUUUUUGUCAGAAAACAAGGAAGUAAAAAAUGUUUUUCCUUCCCACCCCUAAUUUGCAUAUGCAAAUUAGGGUUUGGGUUCGGUAUUCGGCCGAAUCUUUCACAAAGGAUUCGGGGGUUCGGCCGAAUCCAAAAAAGUGGAUUCGGUGCAUCCCUAUUAAAAUACCUUGUGAGUGACAACCCAUAGGAAGCGUCACAGCAUUUUUUAACAUUUGUUUUCAUUUUCCAAAGAUCUUUCAAUGUAGAUGUCCUUGGAAAUGCCAGUUUUUCUCCAGACCCCUUCCCAACAGUUACCCAACAAAUGUUCCAUAAGAAAUAAAUCUUUUGACAGCCCAAUUGCUUCAAAAAGAAACCCCAAGUGCCCACAAGGAUUAUGUGAAAUGAAAAGUGAAAAUUGAAGCUUUUUUCCUAUAUGUCCAGGGUCAGUUAAAAAAAAAAGAAAAGUGGCAGUGUCGAAUUUUCACAUGUCUUUGCCCUAAAGGGAUGGGUAAACUUAAAAUUAACUUUUAGUAUUUUUUAAAUUCUAAGAAACUCUUUUAUUGGUCUUCAUUAUUAUAUAUAGUUUAAUUAUUAGCUGCCUUCUUCUGACUCUUUCUAGCUUAGAAAUGUGGGUCACUGACCCCCAUCUGCAAAAGAAAUGCUCUUAAGUUUA